UCAUUGAUACUCUAUGCCAUGUUAUCAGAAAGCUUUGAUCAGCUUUGAUGAAUAACUGCUAUUGUAAUUGUUUUUUCACAAAUGUCAAUAAUAGGUUGCUGAAAGUUUUGAUAGCGCGAAUAAUUAGUUCAAUCACGAAACAUGACUUCUAUCAGUGAAGUUAAUUCGAUACCCACAACAAAAAAACCAUCGGAUAGUGCAUUCAAACAGCAACGUUUACCUGCUUGGCAACCAAUACUUACAGCUGGAACGGUAUUACCAACAUUCUUUGUAAUAGGAAUUGCUUUCAUACCAGUUGGAAUUGGAUUGCUCUACUUCUCGGAUCAAGUCAAAGAAUAUAUUAUAGAUUACACAGACUGUAAUUCUACAAACUAUUUUAUAUCAGGUACUAAUAAAGUACCUUAUACAUGCGCUGAAUAUAUAUCAAAGGAUCCUCAUCCUGAUCCACCUUGUACUUGUGAAAUAAACUUCACAUUACCAUCUGACUUUAAUGGGAAGAUUUAUAUGUAUUACGGUCUAACCAAUUUUUAUCAGAAUCACAGAAGGUAUGUAAAGUCACGUGAUGAUAAUCAACUGUUAGGACAGUUAAGUGAUGUUGUGUCUGGUGACUGUGAACCCUUUGCCAAUAAUGGAACUAAUGUAAUCGUACCAUGUGGAGCUAUUGCCAAUUCCUUAUUCAGUGAUGAAUUAAAGUUAUAUUCUAUGAGCCAUAAAACGGAUGUGCCACUGUUGAAAACUGGUAUAGCUUGGCCAUCAGAUAAGAACAUCAAAUUUCGAAAUCCAGAGGGUGAUUUGAAGAAAGCAUUUGGGAAUUAUGCUAAGCCAAAGAAUUGGACUAAGUAUAUUUAUGAGUUAGAUCGAGAAGAUGAGAGUAAUAAUGGUUUUCAAAAUGAAGAUUUAAUUGUUUGGAUGAGAACUGCUGCCUUACCUACUUUCAGAAAACUUUAUCGUAGGGUAAACCAUACUGUAGAUGGGUUCAGUGAUGGAUUAUUAGAAGGGGAUUAUAGACUUACAGUGCAUUAUUCAUAUCCAGUAUCAGCUUUUGAUGGCAAGAAAAGAAUGAUUUUAAGUACCACAUCUCUUCUUGGUGGAAAGAAUCCUUUCCUUGGCAUUGCUUACAUAGUUGUAGGGUGUAUUUGUUUAUUGUUAGGUCUGACACUGCUAAUAAUUCACAUCAAAUGCUCGAAAAGUGUAACAGAGAUGAUCAAUGUGAGCCCAACUACACCGUACCAAGAAUAAUUGCACAU